CCCUGCCAGGCCCCGGAUGGAAGAUGGCGUCGUAAUGUUGCCCUUUUGAAGCCUCCCAGUCGCGUUUUUACCUUAUCUUCCGCACCUGCUCAUCCCUGAGACGCUCUCCUCUUAGUAUUGCAUUAAUGGUAAUGCAUGCGAGGAAACUACCACGUAUUAGCGAUGGGUUCAUCGAGAAGCACCAGACCCACAGCUACGAGAAUUCAAAGUACAGCAGCAGUAAGUACAGGUACAGCAACCAUGAGAAGAGUCGGGAUUCACCUUCCACUAACUCUCUCCGCUCGUCGUCACCAGACUCGAGGUCACAGUCUCCACGCUACCAUAAAGGUCCCACAGCCAGCUACUACAAGGUGCGUGAGAAGGAAAGGGAUAGGGACCGAGACAAUCGGGACCGGGAUCGGGAUCGUGAAAGGGACCGUGACCGUGAUCGAGACAGAGAUCGGGACAGAGACCGUGACCGGGAUCGGGAUCGGGAUUACCACUACAGAGACCGAGAUGACAGCAGGUCUCCCAAAGAGCGUCGAAGAGAAGUUCGUGACCGAGACAGAGAUCGGGAACGAGAUCGGGAUAACCGAGGAAACCAUGAUCGCAUUAAUUCCGUUCACAAGAAGGAGGAGAAGGAACGCUUGGCGAGGGUGGGGGACUGGUCGGAGCAUGUAAGCUCUUCAGGCAAGAAAUACUACUACAACUGCCGCACCGAAGUCUCUCAAUGGGAAAAGCCCCCAGAGUGGCUAGAGUGGGAGAGAACACGUGCCAAGGAAACCUCCAACAGGUCACAUGACAAGAGUUCCACCAGGCAAGAUAAACAUUCCAAUCUGGGAGAGAGUUACCGGGAAGGCAGAGACAUCAGGGACGGUGAGAGAGAAAGGAAUGAUCGUGAUAGGAGAGAAGUAUAUCGAGGUGAUGACAUGUAUGAUAGAAGAGACACUAGAAAAUAUGGUCAAGAGGUAGGUGCAGCAGAUAUGGAUAUAUCUUCAGGUGACAGCACGCCAACCUCUGAACACCUACACACGCGGGGAGCCACUACAGAGAACAGUCACGACGUCAGUGGAGCCACCGUGUCCCUGGCGACUACUUCAGGCGCGACCGUUACGUCCACUCAUUCAGGCACAACCACGACACAUAUACAAAGUGGUUUGAGACCAAAACUUGGGCUGCUACCAAGUUCCCUACCCUCAUCCUUACCCCUGCUAAGCAGUACUACUGUGGCUUCAACCUCAGGCACCAACACCACCACCACUACCACCACAACCUCGUUAGCAAGCAGCAUACCUGCCUUGAGUGGCUCCACCUCCAUGGCAGUACCACAGCUACUAAAUCUCCAUCCCCGCCUCAUGACGCUACCAAACUCCAUGAACAAAAGUGGAAUAGAUAUGGACACCACAAAGACUGUGAACUCUAAUAAUUCUCAUACUCAUGAUGGAGAAGGAAUCAUAGUGAAAUCACAGCUAGAACCAUUAACAAUAUCAGCAAAUAGUAAUAACAUAGGUGGAGGCCCCCCAACACCAACACAUUCAGAAAACCAAGAUGGUAUUGACAUCAGAAAAGUGGGGAGCCCAACCAGCAGUAUUAACUCCCUACAGUCACUGACCCAGACAGCUGGAGGAUCCUUAGCUGGGCUCAGGCCUCUUGUGCCUGCCCUCACCCCUAGCCUCGCUAACUACUACAAGGAGACCCUCAUUUCACAUGUACAAAAUUGGCCAGCAGAAGCCCUUGAAAAGCCAGCCCAGAGGCUGUCUGAAGAAGCUCACUCUGUUGGGAGUCUGGUGAUGACGCGGGUAUCUGCCGAGCUCAAGAUGGCGCGGUCCCUUGUACGUCUGGCAGAGAUACAGGCCACACUCCAUGAACAAAGGAUACUUUUUCUACGUGCUCAGAAGAGAGAACUGGAAGAAAUGAAGGCACAGAAUUCCUUCAUGAGUGACACAUAGUGUUGGCCUGCCUGUGAUAGCUGCCUGGGUCAGUUGUCUUAGAGUAGACAUGCCUGGGAAUAUUUAUAAAGUGUUAUAUUUUCUUAAUCAUGUUCUAGGUGUGUGAACAUUGGUGAAUUCCAAAGUGUAGGGUGUAACAGUGUGGCGAAAUAACAGACUGUGGGCCCCGGUGAUGCAGGCACCUGCCUGUCAACUGCCUCCCAAGAUCUGGUGCACAGUGUGCACUGCCACAGGCCUGGGCAACAGUGGCCCUCACAGGACAUCCCCAUCACCUCCCUUCCUGUGUGUGGCACAGACCAUCCCAGGUACCCUCCACCAAGAUCUCCAAUGUCAUCUGUGUUUCUCUGUGAUGAAUAACACAACUAGACACCUCUAAAAGGCUGAGCCUUGACUGAACAGCUCUGCCAUGUCACAAUGUAAAACCGGAUAUGUCAGAGGCUGGCACUGUAUCACACUCCCUGGGGUCUGAGGCACACCCCCCACCCCUCCCCUGAGUACCAACUGUCCUCUUCCCUUCAUCACACACACUUUCCUCUGCUGGGUGGGCUGUGUUGCUGCAGCUCUCUAGCUGAAUAGGUUUGAGAAAUUGUAUUUAUUGCUUUUACACAUUUCAAAACACUCCCUUGUGAACCACUGUUCCUACCAGCUUGUUACUACUGUUAGGAGAUCACAGUUCAGUACCACCAACUCUAUUUCUUUGUUUUGGGAAUAAGUUGGGAGAGUUGUGUGUGAUGUUUCCAGUUCAGUAGUAGUGGUACACACAAUGCCUAUUUACUAUCUGUAGUUAUGGGAGAGAGUAGGUUUUUUUUUCUAUUUUUUAAAUGGCUUUUCCUUGAUCAGUUAUUUGUGUAAGUCCUGUGAAUGUGAUAUUGUGUUCUUGGUGGCUGUCAUUUGGUCCCCAGGGUUGGAAAUGAGGCAGUGUCUAGAGAACAGGGAUGGUGACAUGUUCUUUUAGUAAUCUUUCCUUUGCUGGCCAAUGUCUCAGUCAUCAUAGUUCCAACUGGGCUGUGAAGAAGAAAAAAUUGUCAUAUUCUUAAACCAGUUGUUGAUACUUCUCAUGAAGUAAUAUGUUGAAGUGUUGAAUAUUGGUGAACAGGUUAACAAGCAUUUAGUUGAAAGGUUGUGGUCUUGCAGUGGGUGUGGAGGCCAUCUGAGUGACGGAAAGCAACAACUCUUAAUUGUUUUUAUUUUUUCUGUUAUUGGCAUCUGUUUCCUGUCUCCAGUUUCUUGUCUUCUUGCAUUCUUAGCAUUACUUGAGUGGGACCCUGGUCUCAAGCAGUGAGCAGUUGUCAGCAAGGCCAAGUUCAGUCACUAGUUUCAUAUCAGGGAUUUUAAUUGCUUGCUUUCACAGGAAUCUGCAUCUCUUAAUGCACUAAGACAUUCUUGCAACCAUUCAUAAAUAUAAUUUUUAUUUAAUUAAACUUUGUGAGGUAAUUUUAAUAGUUUGAUGUGCUGCUUCUGCUGCCAAAGUUUUCCAUGAAAUGUUAUUCUCAGGCUCAACAAAUUUUGCUGAUAUAAAAUUGAAUGGCAUGUGUGGUGUAGCUGAAGACAGGCUGGAAAAGAGAGAGGAAAGAGCUUGCAGUAACUUGCUUAAGUCCUGGCAGUGUGCCACAUGAUGUUGGCAAUAGUGAAAACCUAUUCAGAUUUCCCAGCCACAAUCAGUAGGUUGCAGAGUUACAAUGGUGCUAAAGUAUUUUGGUAAUUGGCUGUUCACUGAGCACUGUGAUUUGAGCAGCUGAGGGGCAAAAGUUUUGUAUGCCUUGUACAUGUUUUGACAUGAAUCUAGUCCAGAAAUGUUACAAUAGAGUUUGGUUCUUGUAUCACUGCUCUGCCACCACUCACAGGAAGGUCCAUAUGCCCAUGGGACCAGCAGCUGUUUGUGGAUGAGAGAAGUAUUUGUUACCCCGGCAGCACAGUGUGUGUAGCGAGCACCUAGUACCCCCCUUUACCCCCUGAAAUGUUAGGUUGUCUUGGUGCCCAGCUGAGGAAGGUCUGCUUGGUCCACAUGCUUUUGGAAGUGCAUCAGAGGCUCACAGAAUGUGGCAUUGUUAAGUGGUGAUCAGUAUGUUAUUACCUGUGCUUGGUGCCAGUCUGGAAGUAUUAAGUUAAAAAAAAAAUUAUGUACCUUAAUUUUCCUCUCCCCAUUGUCCUCCCCUUAAGAAUCAAAUGUGAAAGUAGGGAAUCAGUUUGUGUUACACUGGCAGCCAAGCUUGAUUUGAUCGUAUGUUUUGUGUUGUCACAAAAGUGUCUUUAGUGAUUCAUAUAUUGGUUAGUGGUCGGCAAAAGCAGCAGCUCGAGCAUCUCUUCAGUAAUGUGACACUAAUAUCUUUGCAUUCCAUUUUUCUACAUCCUUCUCUCUGACAUGAUUAUAUUCACUGUGUUAAACCUUGGUGUUGCUUCCUUAAUUUCUCUGUGUCAGGUAUGCCUUUGAACUAUGAUGCCCCUGUGUACCAUUUCUUGUCAUCAUAUAUGUUUUCUUAUGAACUCAACAGUAAAAGUGAAGAGGAAUCGGGACAUGUUUAUUUCUUAUCCCGCUCUGUUCAGUAUUGAUCUCUGUUGUCAUGCAAAGUUCCUGUGAUUCUCCAUUGUGCUCACACCAUAGAUGCUUCGUUACUCAGCUGGUAAAUUCACCACUUAUUAAAUCACAAAACAUUGGUACCUCACUUGUUAAACUUUUACCUGGUUAUAUUUGUUUUUGCAGAUUGUAACAAUGUUGCUUAGUACAUAUUAUGAUUAAUCUUUCUUGUAAAUUCCUAUUCCUUAUAAUAGCAUGUCAGUCUGUUUACUAAGGUCAUGAUCCAGAUAUUGGUCAAUGAUAUCCUCCGACGUUCCAUAUUUGUUGGCUAUUUCUAGGUCUUCACCACCUUGGCAGGCUGGGGCAAGUUAACAAGAGGCUACGGAUUAUUUAUGUAGACAGUCAGGUGAAGCAUGGAGAUUGUAUUUGCAUGCUUGUACAUAAUGUUUGCUAACUUUAUGUACGCUGCAUUUGUAGGCUUUGUAUAAAAGGGGAGCUGACUUUCCUAUAAUAACAUGUACAGUUGUCUGCAAGCAUCCGUGGCCCUGUUUAACUGUGUCACCCAUGUUGCCUCUUUGUGUUCACUUGUCGUUUCUAAUACUUUAUUUCUAUAUACGAGUACAUUAUCACCUAUUUUUUGUACACUGAACUAGCUCAUUUAUACAUAGAAAAUUUGUUUCCCAUCUUUGGUUGAAUUUUGGAGUACAAUGUGUCACUGGGUAUGUGUGAAGUUCUUGAUUGUUAAGGCUCAUCAUUGCCAGUGUGAAACACGAGAGAAGCCUCAGCACUGAGAGGUGUAGUGGCCAGGCUGUGGACAGGUGUCGUGUGGGAGCCCCACUCACCUUGGCAGCCUCACCCGCGCCAGACUGAAGGUUGCAGGACACAGAUUCACUUUGUGUUGGUCUCCCCUUUUUCGACACUUGCUUUAGGCCAAUUAGCCUAAUUUUUGUAAAUAUCAUUCCUUCUCAGAAAGGUUAAAUAAAUAAAGCUGAGCUCCA